AUCGUUCAAUGCCAUGCAGUAAUCUGAAAUUCUAAUAAUUAUUUACUGUCAAGACAGUUGUCGCAAUGCAUCAGAAAAUACUCUGGAUAGUCGAGUAAAAACCGUUACCCCCAUCGGAUACGCUUGAAGGUGCAUCAUGAAACGGAGAACCACCUCAAUUGGUGACGUGGUUGAUAACUAUGAUUUUAAUAAAGAAGAAAAAAGGUUAGACAAAGCACGAAAUUUUCUUCUUGAAGAACAAACUCACAAGCUUAGAUUGUUGGAGAUCGAACAUAGGGCAGUCUUGUCACGUUACGAGAAGCAUAAAGCCAGGGUUGCUAAUAUCAGCUCCAACUUGUCAAUGGAGGAGAUCACACAGCUAAAAUUUAAAGAUAAGAUGAUGCAAAAUAAAUUACCAGCACUUAAAAGUACUUUGAAAAAUGAAGUAAAUCCACGUAAAAUUCUUAAGCGCUCGAUAUCCGUCCCAAGUACGUUUUCUUGCCACAGGGCAGCGCCCCCAUGCGAAAGACGUCGCUCUUGGAGCAAAAUCAGGGCAACAAUGCUUUCUCGUAAUAGAGAAAACAUGAAACUGUUAGAGAAACGUAAAGAUGAACUAUUACGUAGAAUAUCAAGAACUUCAGUGAGUAGUGAAGAGAAUUUAUCAAGUCAAGAAUCGCCAAAUGGAGAUGAUUUACUGGACAAUAUCGAUGCCGUUCGGGAAACAUUACGCAAGAAUAAACAAGAACGGAUGCGGAAAGGAAUCGAUAGGAUUGGGGUAGAUGAAAUGUUGAUGAAAGAGGAUGAGACGGAGGAAGAAUACGAGGCUCGAAAGAGGAAACUGAAUACUAGUUUGCAGAAUUGUCGGUAUCUUCGUAGAAAAUGUGAUGGAUCCAUUGAAUAUGACAUGAAACGUAUAACUGUACUAGCCUGUAAACAACGCGAUGCCCCUCGAAUAUGGGAUGUAAGCCUUCCGCACAAUCUUUUAUAAACAUGCUAAACAAAAUCAUACUCAUAGAAGAACACCAUAAAAAAAAAAUGAGCAGACGGCCAUCCCAUUUAAAAAAAAAAUGAGGACAGAUUGGUAGUUUAAAGCGUUUCUGUAGUCUCUAAAUAGUUUUUCUUGUAUCUGUAUGGUCUUGUGCAAACACCUCCUGAGCGUAAUUUCACUGUUCCCUGUUCUGAGGUUGUCGUCGCACGUAGGGGUGGGGUCAAGUGUGUAGUAGUCUGUAUCUGUAAGGUCUCGUAUAUGUAUUUGCAACAUAAUGAUAGUUAAACUCAGUAUAACAACUCCCUGGUUAAACGCAUGAAGCAUAAUGUAUUAUUUGUAGAAAUAAAUAAAUAUUUAGGUUUUGUACUUUUUGCUGCAGCUAGAAUAUUUAAUGCGUUUACAAAUUUAUAAGGCUAAUAUUAGUAGCACUCUCUUUUUCCAGUAUUUUGUCGCCUGAUGUUGGUUACGAACAAUGGAUAAACCAACAUAUACACAUACUUCAUGCGUUUUUGAUUAUUUUAUUAUGUUUCUUUAUGGUUCACCGUCAUAAAAUAAUCUGUUCCUAUAUUUGAACACCGUUUAUAUAAUUUAAGUAGGCCUAUUUGUUUAUAUAUGCAUUGAUUACUAUUUGUAAAGCAGAAGACAGCAAAGAUGUAUUAGUCGUAGAAAAUAAAAUGAAUAUUUAGGUUGUGUAUACUUUGCUCCAGCUAAUUUUCUUUUAAUACGUUUACAAAUGUAUAAACCUAAUAUUAGCACUCCCUUUUUACAGUAUCAUGUCGACUGAUGCUGGUUAUUAACAAUGGAUAGACAAACAAUAGAUAUGUAAGCAAACAGAGUGGGGAGAACUUUAUCUAUAAAAUGUGUCUCGUGAUUAAUAAUUCAUAUUUAUUUAUCUGCUAAAAUAACAAUUGUGAUUCAAAGUGGUCGAAUUUAACAGUUAUGUUGUUUUCAAAUUAAACACAAGCGAUCGGCUAUUUGUCUAUAAAUAAGAAUAAUUAUUUUCUUUAGUUUUGAAAAAAUAUAUAUUCCUAUUUCAAAACUGUCAUUAUAUAGGCCUACAUUAAACAUUUCAGUUUAGAAUACGAUUACAUGAUCAAAACUUUAAAAUAAACACAGUUUCUGUGAAACAAAAUUUAACCAAUACGGAAAUGCUAAGUACUUAAUAAGAUUUAUUAUAUUUGCUAAAAUAAUAAACUUUGUCUCUAUUAUCAGAAUAUAUAACAAA